AAUCAACAAGUUUGCAGUUCUCAUACCCUCUGUUCCCAUGUUUAGCGCUGAAGAGACAGCGUUCAUCGACAAGAUACUCAAGAGCGCCGAUGCUGGAGACGAGCAGAUAAUAGAAGGAAGCACAGCAAGGAAGAUCUUCAAGGCAAGUCUUCCAGUAGACGUGCUCGCCCAGAUAUGGCACUUGGCGGAUAGAGGGGACAAGGGCUUCCUGACGAGCAUGGACUUGGGCAUCGCGCUACGACUUAUCAGCCAUGCCCAAUUCGGCGUUCAAGUCCAUCCCCGCUUUAUGAAUAUACCCGUUCCGCCUCCAACUCUGCCGUACUACGAGCUCAACCGAAGACGUUCCUUUACCCCCAAGGCGCCGUCAAGAACUCGUUCAGCUACGCCGACGGCGGGGCUCAGCUUUGCCCCCGAUAUCACUCGAGAAGAGUGCGCUGAGUCUGCACGGCUCUUUCUGGACCACAAUCCAGUUAAUGGGCGAGUGAAGGGCUCGCGUGUCCGAGAGCUCUUCCUCCACUCCGGCCUUCCCACAGAAACCCUCUACGAGAUUUGGGAUCUGGUCGACCUCGAUUACGUCGGCUCGCUUGACCUGACCCAGUUUAUCCUCGCCAUGCAUUUCAUCCGUGAAAAGACGCUGCGGCCAACGCUCAAGCUACCCAGUGCAGUCACGAUUGCGUUGUAUAACCUUGCUCUACCCAGUCGACCCAUGCCAAGCUCAGCCAAGAGACCUUGGAUUAUCUCUCCCGAAGACAAGCGCCUAGCAGACGAGCAAUUCGACUACUGGGACCCAGUGUGCCGCGGAUACCUGCAGCGAGACCUUGUGCUCAUCAUCCUGAUUGGGUAUGCAAGGCAGCUUGAGAUGGAAGAGCCAGAAGCGACCGCCGUACAAAUCUGGAGCCUACUCGAUCCCGAAAUUCCUGAUCAGCUCGAUCGCGAUGGAUUUGCUGUCGCACUCAAGGUACUCGAUGACACCGCAGGUAUGAUUCCGUUCCCUGCUGCGCUUCCCAAGACGUAUGUCCCCCCUAAUUGGAGAAGAAAACGCCACGACGGAUUAAAGAAUCCAUUUACCUCCAUGGUGGAUCGUGAACGCAAACUGCGGCGCAUGUCCGGCUUGGAUGCCGAUGCGAUCCGGACACGUAAUACCCGCGUGGUGGACAUCGAGCGUGCUAUCCGCGAGUUCCGAAAGGAGCAAGAAGCGCAAGAGCAGUUGAGGCAUGAGAUGGCCCAGGAAGCGUUGGAAGAAGCCAAACGCCAGCGGGAGGAGCUCGAGGCUGCGCGCAAAGCUCGUGAACUCGCCGCGAGGAAGGAGAGGGAGGAGGUGCUUCGCCGUGAGCGAGAAAUUGCGAGAGCGAAGCAGGAGCGGGAACGGGUACGCCAGGAGAAGGCGAGGCGGGAACGGGAGGCUCGAAGAAGGGAUUCUGCUCCGGUGGAGGAUGAGGCCACGCGUCGAUCUCGUUCUGAUCAGGAGGAGAGGGAGGAGCGAGAAGCCGAAGCUGCUCAGAAGGCUCGGGAGGAACGCCGUGCCUGGGCGAGGCUGGAGCAAAAUCGGUGGAAGGACUACUACAAGAUUCUAGGUGUUGGGAGGGAAGCGGACGAGGGGGAAAUCAAGCGUGCUCAUAGGAAAGAGAGCUUGAGGCAUCAUCCGGAUAAGGGAGGGGAUGAGGAUACGUUCAUGCUUAUCCAGGAAGCGAGGGAGGUGUUGUGCAGUCCUACUCUGAGAGGGAGGUACGACGCGCUUAGGGGUUCGACCUAG